AUGGAUUCACCAGUUCUCCUCUGCUACACCACGGGCCUGAUUAUUAUGUUCCUGCCGUUGAGUGCUUCCGACGACCGCCUUGUCCCCGGCAAGCCGCUAUCCCCUGGCACAACCAUCGUCUCUGACGGUGGCAUGUUCGCCUUGGGCUUCUUCAACCCCUCCAACUCCACUCCAGCCAAGCUUUACCUUGGCAUAUGGUACAACAACAUCCCCAAGCUCACCGUUGUGUGGGUUGCCAACCGUGAAAUCCCAAUCACCAACAACAAUCCCUCCACACCGAUGCUUUCCCUCACCAACACCUCCAACUUCAUCAUCUCAGAAGCCUUCGUCGACAAUGGUGACGAGGUCUACGCCACAUAUAGCCUCUCGGACGGCGCGCCACCCUCAAGGUCAGUCCUUACCUAUUCUGGCGUGUAUCAGUUCGAGAGCUGGAGCAGCAAGUCAUUGGUGUGGGAUGUCAUUUCGAAGUGGCCGUCUGCUGAAUGCAAUGGCUAUGGCUACUGUGGCCCGUAUGGCUACUGCGAUGAGACAUUGGCGCCAAUCCCAACUUGCAAGUGCCUAGAUGGCUUUGAGCCGACAAACAAGGAGGAGUGGUCCAGUGGCAGGUUCUUGGCAGGGUGCCGGCGGAAGGAGCUGUUGCACGGGUGCAGCGGUAGCUACUUGGCCUUGUUGGGGAUGAAGGCACCAAGUAAAUUUGCGCUCGUCGGAGGGGGCACAAGUACGUCUGAGGAGUGUGUUGCAGAGUGCAACCGCAACUGCUCCUGUGUGGGGUACGUGUAUCGCAAUGUCAGCAGCGGCAGGUCCGGAGGAGACACGACUAUGUGUUUGGUGUGGGCUGGGGAUUUGAUUGACACCGGAAAGAUAAGCGCAGACCUCGGAGGAGAGACACUCUAUCUCCGACUUGCAGAUACAAAUGCAGCAGGUAAAAGGAGAAAGACCAACGCAUACAGGAUUGUGCUGCCAGUUCUAAGCAGUGGUUUUCUUGUACUCAUAUGCAUAUAUGUUGCAUGGUUAAAAUGCAAAGUUACUUGUUCGAAGGUUAAUGUUUUUUAUAUUGUGGCAGCACACAAGAACAAAAAAUGGAGUAUGCACAAGAAUAUACGAUUGGGUGGUAUGAAUGCCUGUAAUGAAUUUGGGGAAGAAACCCCUCCUCAUGAUCAAGAUUUUCCAUUCGUAAGAUUAGAAGAAAUUGUCCUCGCAACCCACAAUUUCUCCGAAGAAUGUCAGAUUGGACAAGGAGGAUUUGGCAAAGUCUACAUGGGAUUAUUAGGUGGUCAAGAAGUGGCAGUCAAGAGGCUAAGUAGAGAUUCUCAACAAGGAACAAAGGAAUUCAAGAAUGAAGUAAUUCUAAUUGCAAAAUUACAACAUAGAAACUUGGUUCGACUUCUUGGGUGUUGUAGUGAGAGAGAUGAAAAGCUCUUGAUAUAUGAGUAUCUUCCUAACAAGAGCUUAGAUGCCACCCUAUUUGAUGACUCGAGAAAAUUGUUGCUGGAUUGGACAACCCGGUUUAAUAUAAUCAAAGGGAUUGCAAGGGGGCUUCUAUAUCUUCACGAAGACUCAAGGUUCACCAUAAUUCAUAGGGAUCUAAAAGCUGGAAAUGUUUUGUUGGACUCAUAUAUGAAACCCAAGAUAGCGGAUUUUGGUAUGGCGAGGAUCUUUGGUGAUAACCAGCGAAAUGCAAAUACUCAAUGCGUAGUUGGAACAUACAGCGGCUACAUGGCUCCUGAGUAUGCAAUGGAAGGUGUCUUCUCUACCAAAUCUGAUGUCUACAGCUUCGGCGUAUUACUACUGGAGGUUGUAACUGGUAUAAGGAGAAAUUCCAAUUGUGAAACCAUGGGAUUUUCCAGCCUUGCAGUUUACUCAUGGAAUAAGUGGAACGAAGAAAAGACCAAGGAACUGCCAGACUCAUCUAUCAUAGAUAUUUCACGAGACGAAGUUCUACUUUGCGUCCAUGUAGCACUCUUGUGUGUGCAGGAUAACCCAGACGACAGGCCACUCAUGUCAUCUGUUGUUUUCGUCCUAGAGAAUGGAAGCAGCACACUUACAUCCCCCAAUCGCCCUGCCUACUUUUCGCGACGAAGUACUGAAGUGAAUAGUUUUACUCUUACUCAGAUAGAGGGGCGAUGA